UUUCUCUCUCUAAUACUGCAGUUUUCACUUUCACACUCAUUCAUUCCAUUAUUAUUAUACCUUUCUCUUCUCUCUCUCUCUCUGGAAAGUCCCAGAUGGAUGCUAUAAGGAAGCAAGCUGCCAGAUUGAGAGAACAAGUUGCCAAACAACAACAGACUAUACUUAGACAGUUGGGUCAACUUAGCAAUGAACCCCUCAUCGCCGAUGAAUCUGAACUUGAAUGUUACCAGAAACUUCAAAAAUUAUACACUUCUACAAAGACUGCUAAGCAUUUUCAGCGGCAUAUUGUUCGUGGAAUUGAAGGAUUCAUCUCUGUUAGUUCCAAGCAGAUGGAGAUAGUGAGGAAAUUGGCUAAAGACUGUUGUAAGUAUGGGAUCGAGAAUAAGGAUCACGGUAGUAAUUAUCCUCUUGCAACGGCUUCUCUUCAAUUCGGUAACUCAUAUGAUUUAUUGGAAAAUGAGCGAGAGACUUUGCUUGGGAUCUUAUGUGAUCAGAUCUCUGAGCCACUGCGGGCACAAAUAACAGGAGCUCCUUUGGAAGAUGCACGUCACCUCACCCACAACUAUGACAAACUUCGUCAAGAAGUAGAAGGCCAGGGUGCUGAAGUUUUGAGGCGUAGAUCAAAGUUGAGGGAUUCUUCUCUUUCUUCAGACAGUUCCAUGAGGCUUCAGAAUGCAGAGAAAAGGUUGAAAGAACUUAAAUCUGCCUUGGUGGCACUCGGUAGAGAAGCAACUUCUGCUAUGUUGUCAGUUGAAGAACAACAGCAAAAUAUAACUCUCCAGAGUCUUUCUACAUCGGUGGAUGCUGAGCGAGCCUAUCAUCGGCAUGCCCUUGUUAUUCUAGAUAAACUAUAUGCUGAGAUGAUCAUGAUUGACGAGAGACAAACAAAAGACCCUACAUCAUUUCCACUCCCAAAAGAUGGAUAUAAUCAACCUGCAAAUGAGAAACCUAAUUCUAACGGCAUUGAUAAUAAGCACGACACCCAAAUGGGCACAUACUUUUUCGCAAAGGUCAUCCAUACAUUUGACGCCCAAGCUGAGGGGGAGUUAAGUUUAUCAGUUGACGAUUAUGUUGUAAUACGACAGGUUGCUGCCAAUGGAUGGUCUGAAGGAGAAUGCAAUGGCAACGCUGGAUGGUUUCCCUCUGCAUAUGUACAGAGACAGGACGUAGUACCAGCGAACAAGACAACAGAAUAACAUCGAAGUUAUGCCAACAUUGAUCUUUUUAAUAGGUGUGGCAAUAACUGUACAUUCUCAUAUUCACGGAUUAGGCGCAUUUCAAAAGCCACGGCACGUGCUUGCAGUUUUUUUCCGGGUGGUCCUGUGAUCUGUGCAGUAUAUUAUACAUGUAAGCACAAAUUGUAUUAAUUUAUAGCAGCAUUUCACAUAUGUAGAUUGAUAUAUGAUUUGCAUUUUUGCUUAAGCCCUUAGGGUCAUCUAAGGAACUUUAGUUUUUGAGAUGGAUAAAUGUCCAUAUUAUAUUAAGAUGGUCUGUAAUUCUGAAUGAUACAUGAUUAGAAACUUUGUAUUAACACAAGUUUUAAUGCAUCAUUAUUUAUGAA